AUGGAACUCGAAAUAAAACGACGUACAACGAAAUCCCUGAUCACAAAGCUAACUUCAGUAUCAGAUCAAACCCGAAUUGCAGCACUAUGUGAGCUCCGAUCACUCACCAAAAACGACCCAGAAAUCCGACCCAUCAUCGCGGAAGAAGACGAAGGUGCAGCAAUCUCUCUCCUCGCAGAAACCCUCUACUCUCCCUCGCCAUUAGCUCAAGAGAACGCUGCCGCAACUCUCUUAAACCUCUCUAUCUCCUGUAAAAACUCCCUCAUCUCCACCCGCGGCGUCCUCGAUUCUCUCUCUUAUACUCUCUCUAACCACCGUACUCACCCACCUGCCGCCGUCCAAUCCGCCGCUGCCGCGAUUUAUAGUCUCUCUGUUGAGGAGGGUUACCGCUCUGUGAUUGGGGGUAAGAGGGAUAUUGUGUAUUCUUUAAUUGAUGUAGUAGGGUUUCGGGAAUCGUCGUCGCGGUCCAUUAAAGAUGGGUUGAAAGCGCUUUUUGGGUUGUCUUUGUGUCCUGCGAAUCGGAGUUUGAUGGUGGAGUUUAGGGCUGUUGAAGCUCUUUUUAGUGUCGUAGUGAGAGAUGGGAGAAUUGGAGUGAUAGAGGAUACAACAGCAGUGAUUGCGCAGAUUGCUGCUUGUGUAGAGAGUGUUGAGGCGUUCCGGAAGGCAUCUGGGGUUCGGGUAUUGGUUGAUUUGUUGAACCCGGAAACGGGUUCGAGCUCGAGGAUCAAAGAGAAUGCUGUAUCUGGGUUGUUAAAUUUGGUGAAGAUUGGUGGGGAGGAGGUUGGAGAGGAGAUUAGGGAGGUAGGUUUGGGGUUGGUGUUUGAUGGGUUAGGGGAAGUGGUUGACAGUGGGAGUGAUAAAGGGAAGAAAAGAGCUCAAGCUUUGAUGAAGAUUCUUGAGGAUGGUAUGAGUAUUAGUCUCAAGGAUGCCAAUGAUUCGGGUUCGGAUUUGUAUUCUGGUCCUUUAUCAGAUAAUUCGAAUUCGUUUUCCUAUUAA